CGUCGUCGAGGCCGCGGCAGCAGCAGCAGCUUGCCUGAGCUGAGCUGACAGAUCAGUCGUGGGUGGCUCUUGGCGCGACGCCGCGCCCCGCGCACCGUGCGCCGUGCGCGUGCGCUGUCGUCACCGCCCACGAGAGGAGAUCCGAUCGCCCGCGCCGCGCGUGUUCCUGCUCUUCCUCCUCCGCCUGGGCCGGACAAGGCGGGAUCUUGCGGCGCCUUCCUCCAGGGGAUCUCGCUCGCCGCGGCCGCGCCUCGCUCGUCUCGUCGCCCAAGAGGUGGAAGAAGAGGUGGCCCUUGCCCUUUCUCUCUUCUUCUUCUUCUUCUCUGCUGCUGCUGCUGCUGCUGCUGCAUACUUCCAGCAUCCAGGGAGUGGCUGCCUCCUGGCUUUCCAUUUGAGCCGCCUUCGAUUCUGAUCUGGGACCGAGGAGCACCCCGCUUCCUUCCUUCCUCGGUUCUUGGCCGUUUCUUUGGUCUUCUUUGGGAGGGAUCGGAGAGGGGUGAAGAUGUCGGGUGCUGCUCUCGUCGCAAUCGCGGCCUCCAUCGGCAACCUGCUGCAGGGAUGGGACAAUGCCACCAUUGCAGGUGCUGUACUAUACAUAAAGAAGGAAUUCAAGCUAGAAAGUGAGCCCACUGUGGAGGGGCUAAUCGUGGCCAUGUCACUGAUUGGUGCAACCAUCAUCACAACAUUCUCAGGGCCGGUAUCAGACUGGAUCGGCCGGCGCCCUAUGCUCAUUCUCUCUUCAAUUCUCUACUUCCUCAGCAGCCUCAUCAUGCUAUGGUCCCCGAAUGUCUAUGUGUUACUGCUCGCACGCCUUAUAGAUGGAUUCGGCAUCGGCUUGGCUGUCACACUUGUACCUUUGUACAUCUCAGAGACAGCUCCUUCAGAGAUCAGGGGUUUGCUGAAUACACUGCCACAGUUCAGUGGGUCAGGAGGGAUGUUCUUGUCCUACUGCAUGGUGUUUGGGAUGUCACUGUUGCCGUCACCUGACUGGAGAAUUAUGCUUGGUGUUCUCGCAAUCCCUUCGUUGUUUUUCUUCGGAUUGACAAUAUUCUAUCUGCCAGAAUCACCAAGAUGGCUUGUCAGCAAAGGGCGGAUGGCUGAGGCAAAGAAGGUAUUACAAAAAUUACGUGGGAGAGAGGAUGUCUCAGGAGAAAUGGCUCUUCUUGUUGAAGGUUUGGAGGUUGGAGCUGACACUUCCAUUGAAGAGUACAUCAUCGGACCGGCUAUAGAGCCAGCUGAUGAGCAUGUUGUUGAUGGCGAUAAGGACCAAAUAACACUGUACGGGCCUGAAGAGGGCCAAUCAUGGAUUGCUCGACCUUCCAAGGGACCCAGCAUUCUUGGAAGUGUGCUUUCUCUUACAUCUCGUCAUGGCAGCAUGGUGAACCAGAGCGUGCCACUUAUGGAUCCUAUAGUCACGCUUUUCGGCAGUGUCCAUGAGAACAUGCCUCAUGCUGGAGGAAGCAUGCGGAGUACAUUGUUUCCCAACUUUGGUAGUAUGUUUAGUGUGACAGAUCAGCACCCCAAGGUUGAUCAAUGGGAUGAGGAGAACCUUCAUAGGGAUGAUGAGGAAUACGCGUCUGAUGGUGCUGGAGGUGACUAUGAAGACAAUGUCCACAGCCCGUUGCUGUCCCGACAGACCACGAGCGCAGAAGGGAAGGACAUUGCACACCAUGCUCAUCGUGGAAGUGCUCUGAGUAUGAGAAGAAGAAGCCUCUUGGAAGAGGGUGGCGAGGCGGUGAGCAGCACUGGCAUUGGUGGGGGAUGGCAGCUUGCAUGGAAAUGGUCAGAGCGAGAAGGCGAGGAUGGUAAGAAGGAAGGAGGAUUUAAAAGGAUCUACUUGCACCAAGAGGAAGUGCCAGGAUCAAGAAGGGGCUCAGUUAUUUCACUUCCUGGUGGAGGGGACGCUCCUGAAGGCAGCGAAUUCAUACAUGCUGCCGCUUUGGUAAGCCAACCAGCACUUUACUCCAAGGAUAUCAUUGAACAGCGUAUGUCCGGUCCAGCCAUGAUUCAUCCAUCAGAGGCAGCUGCCAAAGGUUCAAGCUGGAAAGAUUUGUUUGAACCUGGAGUGAGGCGUGCGUUGUUAGUCGGUGUUGGAAUUCAAAUCCUUCAACAGUUUGCUGGAAUAAAUGGGGUUCUCUAUUACACUCCACAAAUACUUGAGCAAGCGGGGGUGGCAGUUCUCCUUUCCAAUCUUGGCCUCAGUUCAGCAUCAGCUUCCAUCUUGAUCAGUUCUCUGACCACCCUACUGAUGCUUCCUAGCAUUGGUUUAGCCAUGAGACUUAUGGACAUCUCUGGAAGAAGGUUUCUGCUUCUGGGCACAAUUCCAGUCUUGAUAGCAUCUCUAGUUGUCUUGGUUGUGUCCAAUGUUAUCGACCUGGGUACAGUGGCCCACGCCGCACUCUCCACAAUCAGCGUCAUCAUCUACUUCUGCUGCUUCGUCAUGGGAUUCGGUCCGAUCCCCAACAUUCUGUGUGCGGAGAUCUUCCCCACUAGGGUCCGCGGCAUCUGCAUUGCCAUCUGCGCCCUGACAUUCUGGAUUGGUGAUAUCAUAGUCACCUACAGCCUCCCUGUGAUGCUGAAUGCCAUCGGCCUAGCAGGUGUCUUUGGUAUAUACGCAGUUGUUUGCUCGAUUGCCUUCGUGUUCGUCUUCCUCAAGGUCCCCGAGACGAAGGGCAUGCCGCUCGAAGUCAUCACCGAGUUCUUCGCUGUUGGUGCAAAGCAAAUGCAGGCUACAAAGGCCUAAUUCUUCAGCAACUCUGCUUUCAAUCUUUAUAUAACACUGUAAAUUGGAAUCUGCAAGAUCACACCAUGAGGCUGGAGGAGCUUUUUGAGUUGUAAAUGAGAGAAGAGGAUUGCUAUUCAUGCUCCUUAUGCAAGGGAAAAGAGUUCAUUACUGGCACAGGGCAGCUGUAAAGUAGGAAAUUUUCAUGUUAUUCAUGUCCACUUCUUGUUUAUUUAGUACUGUGUUAGGUAAUGUUGUUAUUCAUCAGUAGUUGCUGCUAGGGAUGUUCAAAAAUAAGCUUGCUAAUCUGAUUUUGAGCUACUAUGUUGGGGUUCAUAAUAAAGUAAA